GACUCUUCCCCUCCCCCCCCCGCGGCGUCUCUGACCUCACAUCUCUCCUUCCCCUUCUCUUCACUUUCUCAGCUGAGCUCACAUAACUGCGGGAGAUCGAAAAUGCUGGCUCGCCUCGCCCCCCAACGCCUGUUCGAGAUACGUCAAGCAUUCCGUCAAUUUCCUCAGAGGUCUCGAUCAUUCUCCACUGCUCUAAACUACCACCUUGAUACACCAGAUAACAACCCGGACCUUCCAUGGGAAUUCACCGAUGGGAAUAAAGAGAAGGCGAAGGAAAUAUUAUCACAUUAUCCAUCAAAUUACAAGCAAUCUGCAGUCAUUCCGUUGCUGGAUCUUGCGCAACAGCAACAUGGAGGGUGGCUUCCUGUUUCAGCCAUGAAUGCAGUGGCUAAGAUUAUUGAAGUUGCUCCUAUUCGUGUAUAUGAGGUUGCGACAUUCUAUUCAAUGUUCAACAGAUUGAAGGUUGGCAAAUACCACCUUUUGGUUUGUGGCACAACACCAUGUAUGAUACGUGGUUCAAGAGAAAUUGAAGAUGCACUACUAAAGCAUUUAGGAGUGAAGCGCGGUGAAGUAACAAAGGAUGGCUUGUUUUCUGUUGGAGAAAUGGAAUGUAUGGGAUGCUGUGUAAAUGCUCCUAUGAUUACAGUAGCUGAUUAUUCCAAUGGGUCAGAAGGAUACACCUACAACUAUUAUGAAGAUGUCACUCCAAAGCGAGUUGUAGAAAUAGUGGAUGCUUUAAAAAGAGGGGAAAAGCCACCGCGUGGCACCCAGAACCCAAAGCGCUUCAAUUCUGGGCCGGAAGGAGGGAAUACUACAUUGUUAGGCGAGCCAAAGCCUCCUCCAUGCCGGGAUUUGGAUGCCUGCUGAAUUUAAAUUUCACUAGUGUUGUUUCUAAUAAUGCAAAGCCUGAAAGUUCACGGGCAUCUAUGGGUUGUAAGCUCUAGUUAACCCUAUCCAUUAUUGAAUGUCUUUUUUUUUUUUUUUUUUUUUUUUGGGAUACAAUUUUCUGCUGCCAGUGUGGAUUCUGGUGGAUUCGGUUUUCAUACAAAUUUAUGUCUUCUCAACUUGUCAGUUAUUAUUAGUUUACUUCGUAUAAAUCGUAUCUAAUGCUAGCCGUUGGCAUCUUAAAAACCCUG